AACGGAGCAUCCGCGUUCCAGUCCUAACCGUCAGCGCGAGCCGAUCCAACCGCGCCCGGUUCGAACUGUCACCAUCAGCCGCCUCCAUUCCCAAUCCCCACCCGUUCCUCUCCCCGACUUCCCGGUUCCAACCGUUACCUUCGAUCGCUCGAGUCUCAAACCGUCAUCCGCUCCUCUCCGACCCCCACCCCCCCGGGCAUUAUCGUCACCGCCGGCCGCUCCGACCGGCUCCAGCCCCGUGAUGGCUUCGGCAGACAUCGUCCGCCAAAUGGGUGAAAAUGUCCGCCCACUUUCCUUGUCAGGGCAUGUUGGAUUUGACAGUUUACCAGAUCAACUAGUUAAUAAAUCUACCUCCCAGGGGUUUUGCUUUAAUAUUCUUUGUGUUGGAGAAACCGGCAUUGGAAAAUCCACCCUUAUGGACACCUUGUUUAACACCAAUUUUGAGAAUACCCAAUCAACACAUUAUGAAAACAGAGUAAAAUUGAAAGCUCAGACCUAUGAACUACAAGAGAGUACUGCACGCUUAAAGCUAACCAUUGUAAACUCAGUCGGCUUCGGAGACCAGAUUAAUAAAGAAGACAGUUAUAAACCUAUCAUUGACUACAUUGAUGCACAGUUUGAGGCCUAUCUGCAAGAAGAGUUGAAGAUUAAACGUUCAUUGCACAAUUAUCAUGAUUCCCGUAUCCAUGUUUGUCUGUACUUCAUUUCUCCCACUGGCCAUUCUCUUAAGUCACUAGAUUUGGUGACAAUGAAAAAGCUGGAUAGCAAGGUGAACAUCAUUCCAGUUAUUGCAAAGGCAGACACUGUUGCCAAAAAUGAGCUUCAUAAGUUUAAAAUCAAAAUAAUGGGCGAACUGGUUAGCAAUGGGGUACAGAUCUAUCAAUUUCCAAUAGAUGAUGAGACAGUAGCGAAAAUUAAUUCAACAAUGAAUGGCCAUCUACCAUUUGCUGUAAUUGGAAGUACAGAAGAAGUGAAAGUUGGGAACAAAAUGGUUAAAGCUCGACAGUACCCAUGGGGAGUUGUGCAAGUUGAAAAUGAGAACCACAGUGACUUUGUGAAACUGCGGGAGAUGCUUGUCUGUGUCAACAUGGAAGACUUGAGAGAGCAGACACACACUCGGCAUUAUGAGCUGUAUCGUCGCUGCAAGUUAGAAGAGAUGGGAUUCAAAGAUACAGAUCCAAAUAACAAGCCAGUCAGCCUUCAAGAAACCUAUGAAGCUAAGAGGAAUGAGUUUCUUGGUGAACUUCAGAGGAAGGAAGAGGAAAUGAGGCAAAUGUUUGUGAUGAGAGUUAAAGAAAAAGAGUCUCAGUUAAAGGAGGCAGAGAGAGAGUUGCAAGAUAAAUUUGAAAACUUAAAGAAAAUGCACCAGGAAGAGAGAAAGAAACUGGAUGAAAAGAAAAGUGUCUUGGAUGAAGAGAUGAGUGUAUUCAAUAAAAGAAAGGCUGCAACUGAAUUGCUUCAAGGUCAGGCAUUCCAGACUGCACCACAAAUGAAUCUCAAGAAAGACAAGGAUCGCAAAAACUAUUAAAUUUUUGAUUGCUUCGUGGUGCUUCAUCUUGCUCAAUAUGGUCAGUCUUCAUAUAUUGAAUUGUUUUCGAGAGCAUCACGUCUGAGUGCAGUUGAUCACUUUUAUCCUAUUACUUGCUGCCAUUUCCCUCUGGAUUGCUUGAAUUGAUGAAAACAGUGCAUUAACCCAUGAAUAAUCCAGUUGGUGCCAAACAUACUGCCUGCAUAGCUGUAUAAUAAGCCAUAUAUUUAAACAGCAAGGAUGAUAAUCCUGGUUGUUGACACAAGACUUUGCCUAAUUAAUAAGUGUCUCUUUCAGGGAAAUUUUGUAUUUAUCACUUGAUUUCAGUAUAUCUCUGUCUGCCUUUUGUUAAUGUGCCUGAAAAUUACUAAAUACUAAGUUUUUUUUAUUAUUGAAUAUAUUGGAGACCUUUUUAUAAUCUCUUUUGAAGAUUUUCUUUAAAUUUUGUAAUUGAAUUAAGCUGGUACUAUGCCAAAUUUCCUAUCCCCUAGAAGGGAGGAACAAUUUGACAUUUAAAUAUACUUGAGCAUGCACAAUCAAGUAAUGUUUCUAAACCAAACGUAUAAAUGCACAUGUGUCACUUCAGUAGGUUCGAGAAAGUCUUCAGUUUUAUCAGGUUUUUGCAGGACCAAUUUAAUAUUAGCAGGUGAUUGCAUAUAAAGACAAUGGUUUACAAUAUGAAUGCUAGAUGGGGUUACCUCAUAGGAGUAAAUUGGUGGUGCAUACACUUUUUUUCUUCAACCAGUCUUGCCUAUUGUUUUGCCAGUGGUGAUGUUGAAGCUUACCGUGCUACUAUUAAUUGGUCAAAUCUUGAAAUUCAUUAUAUGAAAUGGAUUUGAAAUUUCAAAUGCAACUGACAGAUAACCACUGGCAAAAUGGAUGAAUAUAAAAGAGCAAAUGUGCCCAGCUAUUGCAUAUUCUGUAAGUUUAAAUAAAAACAUUAUGGUGAAAUGCUGGCUCAGCUUGACAUGGAUUGAAUUUUAACAUAGGAAGUUUGUAUUAAUAUUACAUAAUGCAUAUUUAUCAUUUAUAGUUGAUGAAAUUUUGGAUAAUGUUUAAAACGUAAUAUUUCUUAUCUUUUGGUACAAGUAUAAGAAAUAUAUUGUGUAAUGCAAUUGCAACUACAUAACUUUUGUUGCAUUUUGGAGAUCUUUGCAUUUCUUAUUUAUAACUUGGUAAUAAUACCAUAUAGCAAUCUGUAGUUGUGACAAAAUAUUGAUGUAGUUGUAGAUUGCGUGCAGGCUUUUCUUUCAGACAAUACUAUUAUCAGUUGCUAAUACCUCUAAGCACAGUUCUCAAAACUUCUCUCACCACAGUGCCAGUCAGUGUUGCUCUAAAAGUGCAUUGAAUGCAUUGGCUUUUGGACAUAGUUAUUCUCUUUCAGUAUUCAAAUUAAGUAAAAUUGUUUCCUACCCUUUUAGGGGAGGUAUUUGAUCUGCAAACAUCUUUCCCCAAACACACAUUUUGGAUGAAAUCACGUAUUCUUGUAUGUUAUUGGCUGUGCUUCUCUUACUUUAGAAGAGAGCCUGCUCAAAAAAAAAGUUUGAUUUCAGCUUUUUGUUUCAUCUGUAAUGUAACUUCUUUAAUUAUUAAACUUAACAUUGAAAGGAAA